CGGGUUCGAUGAUGAUGAUGAGGAGGGAGCCUCUGUGUGGCAAGUGAGAACAGGCAGCGCUCAGUACACUACACACACGCGAACCUGCCUGCUUGAAGAAGGCCGUUUGGAGAGUCGUUGCGUUGUAAAUUAUGUACAUAAGUUAAUGAUAUUAGUACAUACAUGAAUGGCCGGCCGCACAACUUGGAGCCGUUAAACCUGAGCAGCGAGUGUGAAGACGAGUAAAAGCCCAACGGCUCAACAUCGUCUGGAUUGGAACACCAAGUGCAGCAGCCUUGUCUCGCUCUCUCUCUGUCUCUCUCGUGCGGACCGGAGGAGAGGCUCGACGACCGGAGGAGAGGCUCGACGACUCUCCGGUGGGGGUUUUAUUUUCGUAUAAAAUGUAAAAGAGAGGAUUUUUUUUUUUUUUUCUAAAGCCUUUUUUUUUUGAUUAUGUAUUUUUUCAGUGGGUGUACAAAUAAUUUUGUAGGCAGAAGUGUAAAUAACGUUACAGGAAUAAUAAGAAAUCCAGCUAACUGGUAGCUAACUGUUAGCUAACUGGGCAGUUUGUGUUUUUUAAAAUAAAGAUACUAAAGCUGGACCGACGAGCUACUAUGAUGCAUUCAGGGUUUACUUGAAGAUAUUCACUCAACAGUUUGAAAGAAAAACACAGCCGGUUUCCCAGCAGGCUUGAAAAAAACUCCUGGUUUAGUGUGUGUUUCUAAGAGCUGGGAGACGUGUGGUUUACUUUGAUUAACACUGCACCUAGGUGGAUGUAAAAAAAAAUGUAGGACAUGGUGAGGAGGAAAGUGAGGACAGAAACUAUUCUCUAACAGCUGUGGUGUGACCAUCCUGUGCUACUGUAAAGCAUCUAAUAAAAGGAGGAAGCGAGGCAGAGAGUGGAGGAAAAGUUUGACCAAGGACGGCCUUCAGUCACCUGCAGCACUGGAAGAACAGCCCGACAGACUAGAAAGGGUGAGUGGGUGACCACAGAAAGAGAGAGAGACGGGGACUGACGGAGGAGCAAAGGUUUGGAGGAGGAGGAGGAGGAGGAGGAGGUCGAAGAGGAGUGGGAAAGGCCAUUCCCCAUGGCUACUGACCCUGGAGAGCCCACAGGCACCGAGGACUCCUCGGAGAAACCUGAUGGACAGAGGGAGGAGGACACGGAGCAGGAGGGCAGGGCCGACCCACAGAGGGAGAGGACGCAGAGCACCCCCUCGGACUUCCCCUCCUCCCAGACUCAGGAGAGGAAAGCAACAGGAGGAGACGAUGGAGGAAUCCGAGGAGGAGGAGGAGGGGAAGCCAGACAGGAGGGUGAGGAGAACCCAGUCACGCCGAUUUCAUUCUCCACGCCCUCCUUACCAGUCGACACUGGCCAGAAACGACUGAGGAGGGAGAAGCGCUUCUUCAGGAAGAGUGUGGAGAUUUGUGAGCAGGACGAUGAGGUGGUGGUGCCCCCAGAGGCGCCUCAUAGUGCCCCCCACCUGGAGCUGCGCUCCUCAGACACAGUCUUCACCAGCGGUGCCCAGCAGCAAGGGGCUGCUUCAUCCUGUGCUGCCAUAGGCCAGGACCCAUCUUGCCCCAGCUCCAGCCAGGAGCCCGGCAAGGAUGCACCUUCCUCCGCAACCACCCAGAAGGGGAAGGAGAGGGACCGUGAGCUGGAGGAGGAGGCGGAGAUGAAGGCUGUGGGCACCUCUCCUGGAGGCAGGUUCCUCAAGUUUGACAUUGAACUGGGCAGAGGAGCCUUCAAGACUGUGUAUAAAGGCCUGGACACAGAGACCUGGGUGGAGGUGGCUUGGUGUGAACUUCAGGACCGCAAGCUGACCAAGGCGGAGCAACAACGCUUCAAGGAGGAGGCCGAGAUGCUGAAGGGGCUCCAGCACCCCAACAUCGUCCGCUUCUAUGAUUCCUGGGAGUCUGGGCUCCGCGGCAAGAAGUGCAUCGUACUGGUCACUGAACUCAUGACUUCAGGAACACUCAAAACUUACCUGAAGCGCUUCAAGGUGAUGAAACCUAAGGUCCUGAGGAGCUGGUGUCGGCAAAUCCUGAAGGGCCUUCACUUCCUUCACACCAGGACUCCUCCUAUUGUCCACCGGGACCUCAAGUGUGACAACAUCUUCAUAACAGGCCCCACAGGCUCGGUCAAGAUAGGUGACCUGGGACUGGCUACUCUUAUGAGGACCUCCUUUGCCAAGAGUGUCAUUGGAACACCAGAGUUCAUGGCUCCAGAGAUGUACGAGGAGCACUAUGAUGAGUCUGUGGACGUCUACGCCUUCGGGAUGUGCAUGCUGGAGAUGGCCACUUCAGAAUACCCCUACUCUGAGUGUCAAAAUGCUGCUCAGAUCUAUCGCAAAGUCACAAGUGGUAUAAAGCCAGCCAGUUUUGAUAAAGUGAAUGACCCAGAAAUCAAAGAGAUAAUUGAAUGCUGCAUUCGUCAGAACCAGAGCCAGAGACUCACCGUCCGGGACCUCCUGAACCACGCAUUCUUUGGGGAGGACACAGGGGUUCGGGUGGAGCUGGCAGAGGAGGACAUUGGCACCCAGGACUGUCUGGCUCUCCGGAUUUGGGUUGAAGAGCCCAAGAAGCUAAAGGGGAAGCACAAAGACAACGAGGCCAUCGAGUUCAGCUAUGACCUGGAGAAUGAUAGUGCUGAGGAGACGGCUCUAGAGAUGGUGAAGUCAGGAUUCUUCCAUGAGAGUGAUGCCAAGGUGGUGGGAAAAUCCAUCCGGGAUCGUGUAAAUCUGAUCAAAAAGUCAAGGGAGCGUCGACAGCAGCAGCUCCUCCAGCAGCAGCAGGGCAUCGAGGAGAAAAAAGACUCCAAUCUCACCUCCCACACCUUUUCUCAUCCAUCCUUACUGGGGCCAGGGGCAGCUGGACAGACCGGAGGAGGAGGAGGGCAGGAGUCUGAGGAGCUGCCCGAAGUGGACCAGCCUGUCAGGCAGCAACAUAUUUUCAGCGGGACAAACCUUAGUCUGCCAGAAGGUGAGAGCAUCGGGUCUGCCAGCUGUGAAUCUUAUGCAAGUGGACAGAGCCAGGCGUACUCUCAGCAAGGGGAAUCAUACACCCACUCCCAGACUGCUCUCCCCCCUACGGCAUCUAGCACUGGUGCAUUGGUUCACCAUCAAAUGCCCCCCAUUGGUGAGAAUGGAAGCGUUCCCAAUGUGCCUAUUGGUCAGAGUGUUAGUAUGUCCAGCAUGUCCGUAGGCCAAAGUGGAGGGGGACCUGUUGGUCAGACAUUUCUUCAGCCCAGCACCAUGGUUCCACAGGUAUCACCAAGUGUCCCUCAACAAUAUUAUCAGUCACAAACAUUCCCCUCAGAUGCAUUUCAAACUGCCAUUCCCCACGGGUCACUGGCCCCCUCACAGUCAUACAUACCUCCCAUUUCCCUACAAGCACCCAUUAAUGUUCUCACUACAUCCAUGUCAGUCGGUGAUCCUGCUGGACUAGGGGGGACCAUUGUGCCCCUCGCUCAGCAGACCCAACCCCCUGCCACUCCCAUGCAGCUCACUGACAUCAUUCCCCCGGCAGCACCCCAGCAAACACAGCCUGUCAUGAUCCCUCAGCAGACUAUUGUCCAACAACAACAGAUAGGGAUGGAUCCCCAGACCUCCACCCUUCAGCAGCAGCCGCAGCAGCAAAUGGAGGCCCAGGCCGCUCUGCUCGAACAACAACAAGUUAGCGCCACUCAGCCACCGACGGAUCACCAUCCACAGAGCCUUUCAGCUAUCGCUGUCCAGAAACAUCAACAUGAGCCUCAGCAGCAGAUCUAUGUACUGCAGCCUGUUACAGCUGUCCACACAACUCCUCAGCAGCAAGUAUUACCUUCACAACCAGGUAUGGAGCAGCAAGCUAUGUCAUUACCACAGUCAGGGGAGCAACCUCACAGGCAACCAUCAGGUGAACAGACCAUGAUACAACCACAAUUGCAACAACAGCUUCAGCAAACUCUUUUACAACAGCAACAAGCUUUACUGCUUGAGCAACAUCAGACGUACGUCCAGCAGCUUGAUCAGCAGCAACAAAAAGCGCUGCUUCAACAACAGCAACAACAACAGGCCCAACUACAACAACAUCAACUGGAGCAGCAGCAAGCACUUAUACACAAGCAAUUGUUGGAUCAACAACAGCAGCAAGCUCUUAUUCAACAGCAUCAAGAGCAGCAGCAGCAACAGCAAGGCCUUGUACAACAACAGCAACCACAACAAGCGCUUUUACAAAAUCAGUUAGAACAGCAACCUCCUUUACAGCAACAGCAGCCGAGUCAGUUAUAUCAACAAAUUGGACAAAGCCAAACUGGAAUACAAAAAGAACCAGAGAAGCAACAGAUUGUAUUGCAGCAGCAACCCCAGCAGACGGAACAGCAGACGGAACAAUUGCAGCAGCAAGCCUUAAUCCGACACAUAGAACAACAACAGCAACAAGCGCUAAUACAACAGCAUCUGCAGCAGCAGGCAAUUUUACAACAGCAUCAGCUACAACAAAAAGCUCAGCUACAGCAACAGCAACAUGAGCAGCAACAAGUGCAACUCAAACAGCAGAUAGAGCAGCAGCAGCAAGCUCUGAUGCAACAACAGUUUGAGCAACAGUGUCAGCAACAAGUCCUGUUACAGCAACAACAAGCAGAGAGGUUACAUCAACAGGCUCUGAUACAGCAACAGAUUCAAGGGCAGCAGCAACAAGCGGCCAUCAUUCAACUUCAGCAAACUGAGAAGCAGGAGGCUGUCCCUAUUCCUCAAAGCAACAGUGAGCGGCAGACAACUCUCACACAGCAGCAAGUGAUGGAGCAACAACAGCAAGCAGCGUUAAUCCAGCAGCAGCAAGCGUUUGUUGCCCAGCCGCAGCAUCACGCCUCCGUAAUGGAACCUCACAUCCCAGUUGGAGCUCCAGUCGGCGCAGAGGUGAUUCAACAACAAACUCAAAAUGUCUCACAGGCCCAGGUCCCCAUGGCCAUACAGACUACGCACAUCCCUGUCCAGACAUUAGUUGUUGUCCCGGCACAAGGACAAAGCGAGGCUCAUCCCCAGAACCAGGUCCCAGUCCAGUUUAUAGCCCAGUCCACAGUCCAAGCCGCUCAGGCUAUGAUUGAGGCCCAUGUAGCUCCUCCUGCUGCACUGAUCCAGGGACAGACUCACUUCACCCAGACCCAGCAAAUUCCUUUACAGACCAGUUACCCAGGACCUGCCACACUCCCACAGAGCCAGGUAACUGCUCAGCCACUAAUCCAGACUCAGCCUCUGCACCUGACAGUUAGUCAGUCCCAGCCACCACAAAGCCAAGCUACUGUCCAGGCUCCAGCUGCGAUUACCUCGAUUCCCAGUCAGAUCCAACACGAGACUCUUGUUCAGCAAAACGCUCAAAUGCCAGGACUCAUGCAGCCCCAGCUCCAGCAGCCAACUCAAGGCCAGAUGCAUGCUCAGGCUACCGCUGGCCUUUUGACCCCUCAGUAUGUCCCUCAGCCUACCCACCAAGCCAUGCCAUCUGUACAACAGGAAAUAACUCAUAUUACACAACAGCAGCAGCAGCAACAAGAGCCAGUACUGCAAUAUCAUCAGAUGAUUCUGUCUCCUGGCUCAGCUGGAAGUGUUGGAACUACAACAGAAAAUCUCAGCUCUGUAGUUGACCCUGCGAACUUUGUCGCCACGCCUCAUCCUCUGCAGCAGACUGGACAAGCCUAUGUUCAAGGCCAAACAACACCACAUCCAGUUGUUCAGGCCCAGCAGCAGCCCCUAGGUGGCACUGCUGACCCUUCAGUCGUUCAGUCCAUCCCCCAGCCUCCUAUGCCUCAGUCUGCUGUGCAAUACCAGCAACAGCUGCAGAAGCUUUCUCAAGUGCAGCAGCCGCUAGCGCCACCUCCUCCACAGGCCCAGAUACUGGCAAAGCCCAUCCCGACUCCCAUCCUGCAACCACUUCUUUUAAAGCAGACUUUGAUAGACGAGAGUCAGCUGCCCUCACAGUGUCCACCUGCUUCACAUCUGGUGACCCAUCCUUCUGCACAGAUACCCCCCGGUAAUGUUGCAGAGCCGCAGUCCCAGAACAGGGCCGUGCCCCGUUAUAGCCAUCUAGUGGCAGUCGCCCCUCCAUCUCCGCAGCACCAAGCCAUGCAUGUGCUGCCCGCUCACACACACACGCAAACCGGCAUUCAGGCCCAAGCACACACCCAAACACAGACACGCGUUCACCCACAGGCUCAUUCUCACACUCAGACACACACUGAGACACCCGAACAGCCUGUUCUACCCCAUGCUGUCUUUCCUGCACAACAAACGCCCCUUAGCCCCUCUCAUACCUCAUGUCCCCCAACAUCACUACCAUCACUCCCAUUCCUACCAUCCCACCAUCCUGCUGCUGCCCCCGUGCCAGAGCUGCCUACAUCUCCUCCAGCAGCCCAGGUAACCUUCCCAGGCCAGGCCGACUUUAUACCCACCUCCCCUCCGCCUGUCACUACUCUACAACCGCUUGACUCUAAUGCCCCCAAACUGCCCCAAGCCUCGCUGCAAGACUGUGACCCUUCCCUGCUGGGCAUGGCUCAGGAUGGUCCGUACCUGUCAAGUAUAGAACAUCAUUCUUCAUCAGGAUCUGUUCCAGCUAAUGGAGAAGAGACUCUUCAGCUGUUGGCCAAUGGGAAGUUAGAGAAAUUAAAGACUCAAAGAAGAGCUUCCUGUCAGAGGCCUGAGAAGAUUUCACAUCAGUUUCAACUGAGCAUGCUCCAGGUGUCAGGCAGUGGGGACAAUAUGGUGGAAUGCCAGUUGGAAACCCACACCAACAAGAUGGUGACAUUUAAAUUUGACUUUGAAGGGGAUGCCCCAGAGGACAUAGCAGAUUACAUGGUGGAGGAGGACUUCGUCCUUGAUGUAGAGAAAGAGAAAUUUGUCGAGGAGCUUAGAGCCACAGUUAAGAAAGCUCAUGAAAUUCUUCAAACACAUUCACAGACUGGAUCAACUGACCAGUUGCAUGUGAGCACUCCCACUAGCUCUUCAAUGGAGUCAGUGCCCCAUUCCUCCCCAGUAGGACGCUGGCGCUUCUUUAUCAACCAGACCAUCCGCCACAGAGACUCUUUGUCCAGUCAGGGAGCAGACAUGCAACCACCCAUUGCAGAGAUGAGGAUACCUCAGUCUCCUACAACAGAGAAAGAAAGUGAAGGAUCCCAGAGUCUGGAGUCCUUGACUGGAAUGGUCUCUCCCCCCUGCCCCACCCUUUCUGCCACCUCCCCUCCAGUCUCCACUGUCUCAGCCCCUGCCUCCAUGGCCCCCUCAGCCACCGCUGCCCCGACUCCUCACACCACCGCCUCUGAAAGCAUCUCUGCACCAGCCUCCACUCUUGAAGCCUCUGUCCCUGUCACUGCUUCAGUUGGUCUUGAAAUGCCUGUGCUCACCUCAGCUUCUGCUGACCAAAUACCCAGUGUUGCCCCAUCCAUGGUAAUACCUGCUGCUGCUGCUAACCUCUCCACCUUGUCCACUGCUCCUAUUGUUAUGUCUCCCACACCCGUCACCAUUCUCCCUGGUGUCCUCGCUUCUCCUGGAAGCAGUGGUUGCUCCGCUGUAGGUCAAAGUAUGGGGGAUACAGUGACUGCUGUUUCAAGGUCAUGUGUGCCUGCAGCGGACUGCUCUUCAACCUCUUUUCAUCCCCCUCCUCCUGCUGCUGCAGUGACCUCUUCUGCUGUAAGCCAACUUGGCAUGGAGCAGCUGCAGAGGCUUGCUCAGGUGGCCAAGCCAGCCCCGCAACAACAACAACCACAGCCACAGCUACAGCCUGCAUUACAGCAGCAGGUACCGGUAGUUCAACAGCAACUGCAAGCGAUGCAGCUUGAACAACAGGCACAACAGAUACAGCAGGCAACGCAACAAGUGUACCAAGAACAAAUUCAGCUGCAGCAGGAACGAGCUCUGCAACAGUCUCUCCAGCAGUUGCAACAUCAGCAACUAAUGCAGCAACAACUUCAACAACAGCUGACUGAGGUGCAGGCGUUGCCUCGGCAGGGCCCUACAGAGUUGUUACAACAGCCUCUGCAGCAGUUUCUGCCACCAAUGCCCCAACAACCCCUUCUUCAGCAGCAAGCACCACAGUAUGCCCCACAGUUGCUGCAACAGCCUCAGUUGCAACAGUUACAGCAGCAGGUCAUGGCACCCCAAGCUGCUGCAGUGCCUCAACAGCAGGCCCACGUUGAUCACCAGCAGCAGCAGCAGCAGCAGCAGCAGCAGCAGCAGCAGCAGCAGCAGCAACAACAGUUAAAUCUGCAACAGACAAUGCACUUACAGCAACAGCAAAUGGUGCAGCAGCAGCUCCAGCAGCAGCAGCAGCAGCAGCAGCAACAUCAGCUGUUUAUGGGUGCUGUGGCUUUAACGACAGAUCCAAGCCAAAUGCUGCCCCUGUCAAUCAGUCAACAGUUCCUUCAACAACAAGCACAGCUAAGUGUACCGCAACAGCAGAUUCCACAACAAAUCCCUGCUGAGCUGGCACAGCAACAUAUACAGUCACAGAAACAGCUGCAACACACUGAGCAGCAACAAGAGGCGGUUAAAGCCGUGGACACACCCCAGAAACAGCAGCAGUUCCCGCUGCAGAAGCAGUCCUCUUUACAGAUGUCCGAAUCAGAGGUGUCCACAGGAGAGAUAAGUUUCACAGAGGACACAUGCAGCUACUCUACCCCAUUUCACCCUUCCUCUGACUCCUCUCUACUGCCACUCCAGCUGGGCACCGCUGAAGCCCCCACUCUCUCCCUCACGCUGACACCAUCCCCUGUUCAGCCUUCCUCCGUGGCCGAGUCAGACAGCGAAGGUCCCCCCAAAAUUGAAUUUGUAGACAACCGUAUAAAGACUCUGGAUGAAAAGCUGAGGAACUUGUUAUAUCAGGAGUACAGCAGCGGGGCGGCGCCAACAGGGGGAACCGCUUCCGGUCCUACAUCAGCUGCCUCCACGUCAGCAGGAGGAGACGAGUCAUCUGAGCCACAGUCGCUCCACCACUUGUCCUUCCCCCCACCUGCCUCCUCCUCAGAUACUUCCCCUCACUCCUCAUCCUCUUCUUCCUCCUCCACCACUUCCCGUUCCUCCUCUACCUCCCCUGACCCAGAUGGCGCAGGAGAGAAAGCUUCCUCAGAAAUGCCCAACUUUGCGGAGAUGGAGCAACAGCCUGGCCCAUCUCUCCCCUCUACCUCUGCCACGUCCACCCCGCGUUCCUCUUUCCUGCUUCCCAAUCAGGAUGAAUCUGCUGGGCCCCAGCGUCCACCUAUACCAGGAGAACCAACCAUUCUUGCUGUACCCCCACACUCUGACACCAGUACCGCUGGAGAUGCAUCGUGGCCCCCCAGUCAGCACCCGAUCCCCCUCCGGCAUGGACAGCAGAAACACAAUGCAGGAGGUGGAUAUUUUGGCCUAAACCUGACAUGUCCUAGUAUCAGAAAUCCUGUUAGCAAGAAAUCCUGGACUCGCAAAUUCAAAAACUGGGCGUGCAAACUGCGCCACUCCGCCAGCUUGUUCAAGAAGCCCAGAGUCCAGCAAGAUGAACAUUCCAGCAGGCAGGCACUUAGAGAAGAGAAGGAGACACCACCUUUAAAUCCACCUCAUUCACGCAAAGGACGAUUUCAGGUGACCCCGGUGCCCCAGUCCUCUCCCCCGAAGGCUGUGCCAUCAGGCCACGGUAGCACUCACAGGAAAGUGGGACGCUUCUCUGUAACCCAGGCUGAGACGAAGAAAGAGGGCAGGCAGACUGACAGCUCCCCGGUGUCUCCUGAUCUGGAGAGGGAGAGGAGGAGAUCACGGGCAAAGGAAGGAGAGAGAGAUGAAAGUAAGAGGACCCCAGCCAUGGCUCACCUGCCUCGAGGUCACGGGCACAGCCACUCGCCCCUGGGCAGCAGCGAUGAUGAUGAUGAGUGUGAGAUGGAGGAUGAAGACCUGAGAAAAGAACUACACACGCUCAGAGAGAAGCACAUCAAAGAGGUGGUAUCCCUUCAGUCCCAGCAGAACAAAGAGCUGCAGGAGCUGUACAGACAGCUUCGUUCCCUCAAAGACCAAAGGCAGAGUCUGCCUACCUCCCUGUCCCGAACCCCUCCUCUUCCUACGGGACCUCCUGUCCUGUCUCCUCGUAGGCCCAGGCCAGCCAAAAUCAAGCUGCGGCCCCGGCCUCACUCUCACAUGGACAACAACGGAGUUACGCACUCUGGGGUUCAGCAGUCAAGUAGUUUCUCAGGUGGUGAACAGAGUAGACUGCCUCUUAACUGCAACCCAGAUCACUGCACGUCACUGCCUGCUAAAGGAGAUCACAGCCCUCUAAGAAAAAGCACAUUCACAGAUGAACUGCACAAACUCGUUGAUAAUUGGACGAAGGAGACGGUGGGCCCCACCCCGCCCAAACCUUCGCUGAAUCAAAUCAAGCAGAUUCAGCAGGUGCAGGAGUCGGGAGGCUGGAGCCAGACGACUGAGGUGGCUCCACCUGGUUGGUUUCCGGUGACACCACUGAGCCCCCAGGCACCCCCGGCCCCUGCCAGCUUGCCCGUGGCAGCCCCUUCCCAGUACACAGGUGGAGGAAGCCUGUCCACCCUGCACUCUCCGGGACCACCGCCGCAAACGCACAUGGCCCAAGUGCCACAGAUGCAGCAAAGUUUACAACUCCAUCAGUCUCUCCCCCUCCAGCAGAUGACCUAUCAGCAGUCCCCACUCCGCCAGCAGAUACCGCAGCCCCAAAGAAUGCAAACUCCCACACAGUCCCAGUCGCUACCACAGACACAACCCAUCGCCCAGCUGCCCCACUUGUCACCUCAAAGCCAACCGCUGCUGCCUUCCCAAAUGCCCACAUCUCCCGUGUCCACAGCUGCAUCUCUGCUGCCCGGCGGUGGCAUCACUGCACCCACAGAUAGCACUGCUGCCGCUGCUGCUGCUGCUGCUGGGGGGACAUUUUGCUCUUGUUCCUCACCCUCCUCAACCUCGUCCUCCUCCUGCUCUACUGCUGCUCUACCUUCCAGUGCCAAAAUUCACCCAACACCCCCCACCUCUACUCUUCCUCUGGGACAGAAAUGAAACCAUGGCGAAGCGUGAGGUCUAUAUGAAGGUGCAAGAGAUGAAAAUGCUAAGUGGAUCAGGACGUAAAAGCAGAUCCAUCUGGAGUGUUAGUUCUGUGUAUGAAUGAAUGAAUAUAUGGAUUCCAGUGGAUGAGAUGGGCAGUGAAUGUGAGAGAUGAUAGAUUCCAGUAUGUACAGACAAAAGGGUAAAUGGAUCACAGCAGCUGGGGUUUAUGAGUCAUGGUAUGUUUGGGUGAUGAGAUGUAUAAAUUCUUAAAUGUAUGAGUGCGUGCGUUUAUGAGUGUGGGUGAGUGUUUAUGGAGUACAUAUCCCAUUUUGUCCUUUUACACCAAUUCAUGUUUUUGUUUUCAAACCGACUCAGUUGGACCUGAACUCUCCCUUAAGCAGAGACAAUGAGGACAAAUAUUUUACAGUGUGUUUAAUUCAGUCAAUGCUUACAGUGAAAGGACUAUCAAUAUUUAAAAGUGCAAUUAGUAAUGGUCAUCUAAAUUGAUCAGCAUGUAUUGUAUGGAUUUGUCUGUAAGGCAUAAAAUAUUUUUGUAGAAGCACAUUGGUGAAAAAGCAGACGCAUAGAGGAGCUUCUCAUGAUCGUUACUUUUAAAACUGUAAGCCUACAGCAAGUGGCGUUUCAACGGGCAACGAAAACAUUUAAACAGCAGCAUGUUAUACAGUGGAGCACGGUGACGUUACCUGGCUACCAUCAUUACCACAAUGCGACCAAACUCACCGUUGCAGUGUUGUGCACCGGUACAGCAUGAGCUUCAUUUGUGUUAUUUUAUGUUUGUCAGUUGUAACAUACUGAGUGAUGUGAUAUAAAUUCAGAUGAAUUCGUGAAAUGAUGGUAAAUUGAAAUAAGCCAUCUAUAUUCAGUGGAUGCCUGUGUACGCUCAGCCCGAGACUGCAUGACCUUCUGACUAACUUGACUUGCUGUAUAUUCAUGAAUCUCACAUUUACUAUUUGCGGCCGACUGAGAUCAUUUAUCAUCAGUCACAAGUAAAUUUGCUUUCGGUAUGAAACGCUUUCACAUUUGACAUUUUUUGCUUUCGGUUUGAGCUCAACAUAUCAAAGUAUAUCACGGUGUCAUGCUGAGGAGGAAGAUGAAAAAGAAAACAAACUGCCAAUUUAUUAUAGUCUGGGGAGACCAUAUGGGGUUUUUCCCAUAUUGCCUUUUAAAACUACUGCAUUUUUUUGUGGGUGUGUGAGUGUAUAUUUUUUUUUCUGUGUGACAAAGCUUUGUGAUAGUCCCAUGGUAUAUUACAUUAUAAAUUGCAUCCCUGAUUUCUUUCAUUCAAAGCGGCCUCUCAAAUGUCACUAACUGAAUAUGUUUACUCUGCCCGUGUUUGAGGCUUGUUUCCUCAAGAAACAAAACAAGUGAGAGGUUAGACCAUAUAACGGUUGUAAGCUUCAUGUCCAACACCGCUGUCAGAUCCUCACUUGCCUAUUUGUCAACUUUGUUUGGCGUUGGACAAAUUCCUUGUUCCAAUUGUAAACUAUUUAGUCUUUGACUAUAGGCUGUCAGAAGCUGAAUUGUGGGCCAUAAUUGUGCUUUACGCACACUGCAAAAGGUUUACUCAAGUCAAAUAUGUCCCAUUUCUCUAUUCCUAAGCACUUAAUUUGUAGAUGCAGAGAUACAGAGAGUAAUAUAUCAAGAGCAGAUAUGUUACUGUACAUUAUAUUGGGUUAUCAGUGCACUUAGCCAUACUGUACACACAUUUGACCAUCGAUGGUCAGGCGUUAAUACACUUUUUUGGCAUAAUAAGUAGCCUGUAGUCAAAGCAGCAUUUCUGUAUUAUUAAUGAUAGAGAGAUUGUGUGCCACUGAAAACAGCAGAUUGUACCGGUUGUUAAAGACUGCUACAUGUGAGUCAAAGACAUUUAAAACACGAAGGAGGAGUAGUUUGUGCUAAAAGGGUAUGGUUGUUCAGAAACUGCAUAAUCUAGAAUAUAACAACGGUUUUCUGUAUUUGUUGCUUUUCAAGACAACCCACAUUGUCACAGAGAUGUAGUUCAUUAUUAGUGAAGGUGAGAUACUGUGCUGUCAUGUCUGAUACUAACAUGUUGACUGCGAGCUACAGCGUAAUGCUCAUGAUUCAUGAUGUGGAGCUGGCUUUGUCCUUGAAGUGUUACCAAAAUGUUAUCUAAAAGAUAAAGAUUAUUUUUGUAUUUUGAAAUGGGGUUGUAUAAAUUGUAAAAUUGUGUUCUCAUCAUAAAUCUGAGGUUAUUUGAAACUAGAAAAUACUGGUUUUCAUCUGUGUUUACAUGGGACUCCCCUGCUGAUAUAUGAUAUACCUCUCUGAGUCCUGACAGGCCAGGGUCAUUCAAGAUUAUAUUCAGAGAAGUGUUGGUCAUUUUUCACACCUUAUUUCAAUUUAGAAUACACAGAUACAUAACAUACUUACAUACUAUAAGUCUUCCUGUUGGGCUUCAGAUCGGCUUUAUUUAACUUACAAAUUAAUGCAACAAAAUCUGGGGAGUCCCAAAAUGGCAUGAUUGAGAACCAGUGAUAAAAGGACAUUUGGGCAGAGAAACCUCGAAAAAUAAAGUAUGUUGCUGGUGAUUUAGCCUCUGUAAAUUGUAACUAAUUCAACUGUUGAUUUUAUUUAUGUUUUGUAACUAAUCAAAAUAAAUGAUGUUAAACAUCAAAAUACAA